GAGAUAAUGCCUACAUCGAAUUUGGCAACGAUAUCAGCAACACGUUGUUGAUAUGUAAACAGUGACCUCGUCGGAUGAUACGCGGCUGCGCUGCACACCUGUACAGGUACUUUUAAACUGUCCAGCAUUCGUAAUAUUACCGGUUGCAGUAGUGGUCCAUCUACCUUUUUCGUCUACGAUUUUUUUUACGAUAUCUCGUGCACUCGCGAAAAACAAUGCGCCCGCCGAAAGUGUUUUGGAUUAAAUUUUUAUCAACUUAGUGCUUCAAAAACUUGACUUUAAAAAAAUGUGUACCAACUGUCCAGUUUUGGAAUAUGUGGAAAAGAGGGAAUUCAGAAUUUCUAUCUACGAAUUAUCAACACCGCGUGGUUUAUCCACCGAAACCGAUGGAGGCGAAGAUUCCAUCCAACGCCUCCUCAAUGACACCGAUUCCGAACUAUCCGGUCUGUCUCAUCUCGAUGCACCAAACGAGAGCUUGUACAUGAUUGGAGGAGUAUUGAUUGCUAUGUUCCUGGUCGGAGUGAUCAUCAUCCUUUUGGCGGUUACAAUUAGCAAGCUUCGGAAAAGAGAAGAACACAGCAACAGCGUCCAUCCAACGGAUGUUGUGCUACAAACUGGACCAGCUCAACCACCAGCACCACCACAGCCACUUGCUACCACGGCGGAUCCCUUGCCGUACCGCGGGCAGCCCUUGUGGCAGUUCCCUCCUCCACCUUCGCAACAUCUGUACUGCAAUAACAACCAGGAAACGCUAGUACAUACAUUGCAAAUGGAGAGGCCAGGAAUAGUUCAAGGCUUUCGAAAAAAUCUCGGCGGACGCUGGAGACGUCUUGUUAAGAAGAAGCCUGAAAACGAAGUAUACACGAUACCGCCUGAAUUGAGGCCCCAACUAAAAACAAUCUACGUAUACUAGUUGAAGAGGACCUCAAGACUUAUAACAUCGAAAGGCUCACCCUUCAUUCUUAAUAAGACUGAUUUGCUCCCCUUUGAAAGGGCAAUUAACUAUUAGUGUAAAUAAUUUAGUAUUUUAUAGUUUUUACUUAUCACGCUAUUGGACCCCCUUCUGAUGAAACAUGUGAUUGCGUAUUGUGUAAAAAAACGCUUAAUUUCAUUAAGAUAUAGUUAAAUUAAUAAAAAUGGCUCAUAUUGAGCUUUAGAUGUGA